UGAUACGAAAAUGAGCGGCAGAGGCAAAACCGGUGGUAAGGCCAGAGCAAAGGCUAAGACUCGUUCAUCCAGAGCAGGGCUUCAGUUUCCCGUCGGCCGUGUUCACAGACUUCUUCGUAAGGGUAACUACGGAGAGCGCGUCGGUGCUGGAGCUCCAGUUUAUCUCGCCGCUGUGCUCGAGUAUCUUACUGCUGAGAUUCUGGAGUUGGCUGGAAACGCCGCUCGUGACAACAAGAAAACUCGCAUCAUUCCCCGCCAUUUACAGCUGGCAGUGCGUAACGACGAGGAGUUGAACAAACUCUUGGGUGGCGUGACCAUCGCUCAGGGCGGUGUGUUGCCCAACAUCCAGGCUGUUUUGCUGCCGAAGAAGACCGAGAAGGCCGCCGUUACUAAAACCGCCGGAAAGGGCGGUAAGAAGCGCAAGAGGUCCAGGAAGGAGAGCUAUGCUAUCUACGUCUACAAGGUCCUGAAGCAGGUUCAUCCUGACACCGGGAUUUCCUCUAAGGCCAUGGGGAUCAUGAACUCUUUCGUCAAUGAUAUUUUCGAGCGUAUCGCCGGUGAGUCCUCUCGUCUCGCUCACUACAACAAGCGCUCCACCAUCACAUCGAGAGAGAUCCAGACCGCCGUGCGUCUCCUGCUGCCCGGUGAACUCGCCAAACACGCCGUGUCUGAGGGAACAAAGGCCGUCACCAAGUACACCAGCUCCAAAUAAAUCUGUUGAAGCUUUCAACACCCCAAAGGCUCUUUUAAGAGCCACC